AUGGCCGAACAAUUGAGAUUCGACGGCCAGGUCGUCGUCGUCACCGGCGCUGGCGGUGGUCUCGGCAAGGCCUAUGCCCUCUUCUUCGCUUCGCGAGGUGCCAGUGUCGUUGUCAACGACUUGGGAGGUUCAUUCCAGGGCGAGGGCAACUCAACAAGGGCUGCCGAUGUCGUUGUCGAGGAAAUCGAAAAGGCCGGCGGCAAGGCUGCGGCCAAUUACAACAGUGUCGAGGAUGGCGACAAGAUCAUCGAGACGGCCAUCCAGGCCUUUGGCCGUGUUGAUGUCGUCAUCAACAACGCCGGUAUCCUCCGAGAUGUUAGCUUCAAGAACAUGACCGACCAGGACUGGGACCUCAUCAUGAAGGUCCACGUCAAGGGCGCCUACAAGGUCGCUCGUGCCGCCUGGCCUCAUUUCAGAAAGCAAAAGUACGGCCGUGUCAUCAACACUGCCUCUGCCGCCGGCCUGUUCGGGAACUUCGGCCAAACCAACUACUCAGCUGCUAAGCUGGCCAUGGUUGGUUUCACUGAAACUCUUGCCAAGGAGGGAGCCAAAUACAACAUCAUGAGCAACGUUAUUGCUCCUAUUGCUGCCAGCCGAAUGACUUCCACUGUUAUGCCUCCAGAUGUUCUUGAGCAGCUCAAGCCUGAGUGGGUUGUUCCCCUGGUUGCAGUUCUUGUUCACUCCGGCAACACCACUGAGAACGGUGGCAUCUUCGAAGUCGGAGGCGGUCAUGUCGCCAAGCUGAGAUGGGAGCGUUCCAAUGGUCUGCUCCUCAAGGCUGACGACUCCUAUACACCGAGUGCCAUCCUCAAGAAGUGGGAUCAGGUUGUCGACUUUUCCAAGAAGCCCCAGUACCCCUCUGGCCCCAACGACUUCUUGACUCUGCUUGAGGAGUCCAUGAAGAUGGGCCCCAGCGAGCAGGGUGACAAGAUCGACUUCGCUGGCAAGGUUGCGCUGGUCACUGGUGGUGGUGCUGGUAUCGGCCGUGCUUACUGCUUAGCCUUUGCCAAAUAUGGCGCUACCGUAGUCGUCAACGAUCUCAUGAACCCCGAUGAUGUUGUCAAUGAGAUCAAGAAGGCUGGCGGCAAGGCCGUCGGUGUCAAGGCUUCCGCCGAGGACGGUGACACUGUCGUCAAGGCUGCCAUUGACAACUUUGGCCGCAUUGAUAUCAUUGUCAACAAUGCUGGCAUCCUCCGUGACAAGGCCUUUGCUAACAUGGACGAUUCCCUCUGGGAUCCCGUAUUCAACGUGCACUUGCGUGGUACCUACAAGGUCACCAAGGCUGCCUGGCCAUAUUUCCUCAAGCAGAAGUACGGUCGUGUCAUCAACACCACCUCUACCAGCGGUAUCUAUGGCAACUUUGGCCAAGCCAAUUAUGCUGCUGCCAAAUGCGGUAUUCUCGGUUUCUCCCGAGCACUCGCCAUCGAAGGCCAGAAAUACAACAUCUUUGUCAACACCAUCGCCCCCAACGCCGGUACGGCCAUGACCGCUACCGUCAUGCCUCCCGAGAUGGUCCAGGCCUUCAAGCCCGACUACAUUGCUCCUCUCGUCCUCGCACUCUGCGGCGACAGCUGCCCUGACCCCACUGGUGGGCUUUACGAGGUCGGCAGCGGCUGGUGUGGAAAGACUCGCUGGCAGCGAACCGGUGGUCACGGAUUCCCCGUGAACGUCAAGCUUGUCCCUGAGGAGGUUGUCAAGCACUGGAAGGACAUUGUUAACUUUGAUGACGACCGUGUGGAUAACCCUGAGAAGGCUCAGGAUUCUAUGAUGAAGAUUAUGGGCAACAUGGGAAACGUUGUUGAGAAGGUUGAUGAACCCGCCGCCAGCAACGAGUACCUCGAUGCCAUCAAGGCUGUCAUCGGCAAGGAGGGCCCUCCCGUUGAGUACAAGUUUGAAGAGCGAGACUCGAUCCUGUACAACUUGGGUCUUGGUGCCAAGCACACUGAGCUGAAAUAUGUCUUCGAAGGAGCUGAGGACUUCCAGGUGCUCCCGACCUUUGGCGUCAUCCCCAUCUUCACCGCCGAAAUGCCCUUUGACUUUGGCAACAUAAUCCCCAACUUCUCGCCAAUGAUGCUCCUCCACGGCGAGCAGUACCUCGAGAUCCGCAAGUUCCCUCUCCCCACGAGCGGCACCCUCGAAUCCCGCGGCAAGCUCGUCGAAGUUGUUGACAAGGGCAACGCCGCCGUCGUCAAGACCGCCCUCACCACCGUCAACAAGGAGACUGGCGAGGACGUCUUCUACAGCGAAAUGACGGCCUUUGUCCGCGGCAGCGGUGGCUUCGACGGCCCCAAGAAGGGCCAGGACCGCGGCGCUGCCACCGCCCCGCACGCCAUCCCCAAGCGUGCUCCCGAUGCCGUCGUCGAGUCCAAGACGGACGAGAACCAGGCUGCUAUUUACCGUCUCAGCGGCGACUACAACCCUCUUCACAUUGAUCCCUCCUUUGCCAAGAUGGGCGGCUUCAAGCGCCCCAUUCUUCACGGUCUCUGCUCCUUCGGUGUCGCCGGCAAGGCCAUCUACGAGACCUUUGGCCCCUUCAAGAACAUCAAGGUCCGCUUCGCUGGUACCGUCGACCCCGGCCAGACCCUCGUCACGGAGAUGUGGCGCGAGGGCAACAAGGUCAUCUUCCAGACUAAGAUUAAGGAGACUGGCAAACUGGCUAUUGGUGGCGCGGGCGUCGAGCUGCUCGAUGGCGAUAACAGCAAGAUUUGA